CUUUUUCGGCCUUCUCCCCACGCGCAGGCGCAUAGCGUCCCAAGAUGGCGGCCCCCGUGGAUCUGGAGUUGAAGAAGGCUUUCACAGAGCUUCAAGCCAAAGUUAUUGAUACUCAACAGAAGGUGAAGCUUGCAGACAUACAGAUUGAACAGCUAAACAGAACAAAAAAGCACGCACAUCUUACAGAUACAGAGAUUAUGACUUUGGUAGAUGAGACUAACAUGUAUGAAGGUGUAGGAAGAAUGUUUAUUCUUCAAUCCAAGGAAGUAAUUCACAAUCAACUGUUAGAAAAACAGAAAAUAGCAGAAGAAAAAAUUAAAGAACUAGAGCAGAAAAAGUCCUACCUGGAACGGAGCGUUAAAGAAGCUGAGGAUAACAUCCGGGAGAUGCUGAUGGCACGAAGGGCACAGUAGGAGCCACCCUACAAAUGUCUUCCUUUCUGACCCUUACCACCCUGGCAAGCCUGUGCCGGGCAACUGUGUCCCUCAGUCUAGAUGGAUGUUUCAUCUGGGUGGCUUAGCAGCCUUGCAUUCUCUACAUCCCCCUUCAGGUCCCACCCCUGUACAUUUUUUUUUUCCUGUCUCUGCCUGCCACCCCUGCCCAGGACACUCUUCUUUCCUGGGAGGGAGCCAGGAACUCCCAGGAGAGGAAAGGUGGGGGUGAGGGCAGAUGGGGAAGUUCUGCAUUAGCCUGCCACUAGGCAGGUGGUUGGACCAAUAAAAGGCUGUGUUCUA